AUGACCGUGACCGCCGGCGGAGGCGACAUCGUGAGUCGGGAGCAGUUUAACGAUUUUCUGCUUCACUUGGAGUUCAUGACACCCGAUAUGCCAGACGCAACGGGUCAAGCAAAGGGAAACAGCGGGGUAUUCCCUCAGGGUCGGUACGAAAUCCAGGUGCUAGAUUCCUACGGGAUUGAUGUGCCGGGCAUGGGAGACUGCGGUGCAAUUUACAAUCAAUUUGCAUCGUUGGUGAACGCUUGCAAGCCGCCGCUUGAAUGGCAAACAUACGAUGCGAUAUUCCGUGCUGCUCGCGUGGGUGAGUCGGGAGAGAUAGAAGAAAACGCACGUGUGACUGUUCUGCAGAACGGGAUUGUGAUACAGAAUAAUGUCCAAAUGCUGGGGGCUACAGGUGGAGCAACGGACGAAGGUGCCGCAGAGCCGGGACCCUUACGACUGCAAGACCACGGCAACCCGGUGAAGUAUCGCAAUAUCUGGUUGUACCGCUUCCGCUGA